CGGGGCUAGUUGCUAGAAAGCCGGAUUCCUGCCAAUCACUUGCCCGACUCUCAGGUGGCGGGGCGCGGCUCGCAGCGUCUUUGGUAACCCGGACCGCUGUGAAGGAGAGGACGAAAGGCAGUGAGCGGUGGGCUGCCUGGGUGGGGGCUGCGGAGGUACUCCGGGGUUCCCAAUCGGGUCCCGGUGGCUGGAGGAGGAGGAGGAGGACGGCAGCCCUCACUCCAGCUGAGAGGUAGUGGACGUCCUUGGGUGCACCUGAAGGACGGGGACAAGGACCAGACGCGGUUCCGGAUGCGGGCGGUGCCCAUUGGAAUUUAUUUUCAUCCACUGUUUUUUAAUGUAAGGAGGGGAAAUGACUGCUGGUUCAGUGUGUGUCCCUCAAAUCAUUCCCCUGCGGGUGCCUCAGCCCGGAAAAGCCAACCAUGAAAUUGAUAACAAUACGCUUUUGGAAAUGAAAUCAGACACCCCAGAUGUCAACAUAUAUUAUACCGUGGAUGGCAGCAAACCUGAAUUCCUAAAGAAAAUUGGUUAUGGUGAAAACACUACGUUUAAGUAUACGAAGCCUAUUACUCUGCCUGAUGGAAAAAUACAAGUUAAAGCUAUCGCAGUGUCUAAAGACUGCAGACAGAGUGCCAUGGUAACAAAGGUGUUUCAGGUGGACUAUGUACCGCCAGAUACGGUCCCUUCAGAAGACGAUGUGGAAAAUGUUCUCAAAGACCCUCCAGAGCAGGAACUGAAAAAUGGAUUUGUUGAAUCAAAAGGGAGGAAGAAAUAUAAGAAUGUUGAAAAUAAACUGGGUUGGAAUGUUAACCUUGGAAAGUUUCCAGACGUGGGUGAAAGAACUGACCCUAAAACUUUGAAAGAUCUUCGGUUCUCAGAAAGCCCACGGGAAACCCCAGCUUUCCGUGAAGAAUCAGGCUCUCGACCAGCCACCCAGCAGCCCCAGUUCCCUGGUUUUGCACAUAUAACUGGCCAGAAGAGCUUGACAAGCACAGAGAUCAUGAGGAUUCAAAGGGAGACAGACUUUCUCAAGUGUGCCCACUGCCUUGUGCCCCGCCCAUCUGACCCCUUUGCCCGCUACUGUCUAGAAUGUGGCUCUUCUGUCCCGCCCAUAUUUGGCUGUCGUCUCCCACCCCCAGAAGGAUCUCAGAUGGGCUUAUGUGCAGAAUGUGAAAACCUGGUGCCCAUGAAUACGCCUAUCUGUGUGGUCUGUGAGGCUCCUCUCGCUCCACAGCUGCAGCCACAGGCCAGCCUCCGCUUGAAGGAGAAAGUGAUCUGCCGCACCUGCGGCACAGGGAACCCUGCUCACCUGAGAUACUGUGUCACCUGUGAGGGUCCCCUGCCUUCAUCACAAGAGCCUGGCGCUGCAACUUGCUACUCCGUUUGUUAUAAAUGUGGAGCCAGCAAUCACCCAUCUGCACGAUUCUGUGGCUCCUGUGGUAUUUACGUGAAGUCCCUGGCAAGACCUAGUGUGGAGAACAGCUUGGCUCCAGCUGCUGGAGAACCUGGCCCUUUUGCUGAGCCUCGAUCUGCCUGGCAGCCCCUAAAUGUUCCUUUGCCCAAGCCUGAUGCUGGGCCUAAGAAGGAUGUGGGCACACAGACCGCUGGCCUGUUCUACCCAUCUGGGACCCUCCUGGCAAAAAAAGAACUGGAAAUGGCUUCUCAGAAGCAGAGGCAGGAGAAAAUGAGUGACCAUAAACCUCUCCUCACAGCCGUCAGCCCAGGGAGAGGAUACUGGAGAAAACAGGUGGACCAUAUCUCCGCUCACCUCCGGUCUUACGCUCAGAACAACCCUGAAUUCCGGGCCUUGAUUGCAGAGCCCAGGAUGGGAAAGCUCAUCUCUGCUACCGUCCAUGAGGAUGGCUAUGAAGUUAGCAUCAGGCUGAAUUAUAUUCAAGUCUCAAACAAGAACCUUUACCUGAACAAGGCGGUGAAUUUCAGCGACCACUUUCUGAGCAGUGUCGCCGAGGGAGGGAACGGGCUGUUCGGCAGCGGGUCCAACCUGGUGAGUGACUACAGCCAGAGCACCCCAGACACCACGGAGAAAGUCACAAGGACCAAGAAUUUCAAGACCAAAACGUUUCAAGAGAAGAAGCAGCAGCUUACGCCUGAAAACAGGCUUCUGCUGAAGGAAGUCGGACCAGCAGGGGAAGGAAGAGUGUCUGUGAUGGAACAGCUACGUGAUGAAGGAGCAGAUCCCAACUGCAGUGAAAAGGAAGACCAGCCCGUUCUGAGCCUGGCGGUCACGAACAAGCACCAUGAAGCGAUCCCGGUUCUCGUGCAGAGGGGCGCGGAUGUGGACCAGCAGUGGGGCCCGCUCCAAAAUACAGCUCUUCAUGAAGCAGCUCUGCUUGGCCUGGCAGGAAGGGAGUGCAUUGCUGCCUUACUGGGAUGCAACGCAAGCGUUCAGAAGAAGAACGCAAGAGACCAGACGGCGUAUGACCUGGCCCUGGAAACUGGGGAUGACCCCAUCAUCUCGCUCCUUGCUGCUAAGCUCAGCCUUGAUGACCGUUAGCCCUGAGGGCCCCGCAGGCUUCCUUUAAAGAAACCAUCCAGCUCUGGCUGUGCUUUGUUCUCUUCCUUCUGAAAUGCGUAUUUGAGGUUUGGAAACUGAGCUCGAGAGGCACUCAUAAGCUUUUAAAAGUUAUGUGACAGUAUAAGCCCACAGCACCCCAUGAGUAUUUCCCCAAAUGCCCUGGAGAGUGAUGAAUUUAGUGUAUGCUUUCAGUGGUGCAUUGCUGCUUGUCUUAGAAUUUGCUCUUUAAUUUUAUUUCUCAGUAGAUAAAAUUACACACAGUUCUAAGCCAAAAGGUAUAAAAUAUUGUGAAGUCUCCCUCUCGUCCCUGCCCCACAACCACCCACAUCCCCUCCACAGAGGCCACCAGUGACAUCCGUGUCCGUCGUGUCUUUCCAGAAGUAGUGUAGGAUUAUAUAAGCAAAUGUACAUAGUACGUGUAUGUGUUCAUACAGAGUACACGUAAAAUAUAAGUAGAGGUAACACAUAUAUUCUGUCCCCUUGUCUAAGACAAAUGGUGGGAAACCACGUACUGGUCUGCAUGUUGUUUGCUUAAUAUAUCUAGUAAGUGGUUCCAAAUUAGUUAGUGCAUAAAGAUUGAGCUUAUUAGAAAUUUUCCUUAUUAAGCUAAACUCAUCAAUAUUCCUGUUGUUAUGGCUUGUUCUUUGGUUGACAAGUAAGCUUCGAA